AUGCGUCUCGGCUCGAACAGUUACGAUGUACAGCGGACCGAAGCUAUCGGUCAGGCGCCAAUGAAGACUCCGCCCCCUAAUCAGAUCAGAUGUACUGUCACAUUUCUGGACAAUACAUCGUAUCAUUUUGAAAUAGAAAAGAACUCACUUGGAAUAGUACUUUUGGAGAAAGUUUUCAACUACUUGGAAAUAAUUGAAAAGGAUUAUUUUGGAUUGGUUUUUAUAGCUGUAGAUAAUUCAAGCACACAGCAAAAGAAAUGGCUGGAUCCAUCAAAAAAUCUCCGAAAACAAAUGAUAUGUCCACCGUAUCAUCUGUUCUUCCGAGUGAAAUUCUAUGUUCGAGAUCCGAAUCGUCUGAGAGACGAGUUCACUCGGUUUCAAUUCUAUCAACAAGUUCGCCAGAAUCUAGAAGAAGGGCGGUUACCGUGUAAUGAAGGAUCCCUAGCUCUUUUGGCAAGUUAUGUUGUACAAGCGGAAGUUGGAGAUUUCGAGGAUAAAACUCACGGAAUGGCGAGGACAUGUCUCUGUUACAAAAUUCAAUUUGCCACACUUCCUGAUGAUUUUUCUGAUAGAGUAGCUGAACUUCAUCAACUUCAUAUAGGUCAAACUCCUGACAUCGCCGAACAAAAUUUUCUGGAUCAUGCUCGACGGUUGGAAAUGUAUGGAAUGGAUGUUUAUGAUGGGCGAGAUGCGAACCUUCUUCCAAUUGAACUAGGUGUUGGAGCAGUUGGAAUUAAAGUAUUUCACGAGGGAAUAAAAAUGAACGAGUAUGCAUGGGCUCGAAUACGAAAACUCAGUUUCAAGAAGAAACAAUUCCAAGUUUUAGUAUCCAAUGAAGAUGGAAUUAGCGAAACAAUAAUGAUAUUCAAUAUCAUGUCAGCGAAAAUAUGCAAACUUUUAUGGAAAUGUUGUAUAGAACAGCACACAUUCUUUCGAUUGAAAACUCCUCCAAAGACUCCGCAGAGAAAAGUUUUCAAUUUUGGAUCAAAAUUUCGAUCUCUCUCAAAAUCUUCAUUCCUUCGUUCCACAUUUUCUGGUAACACUCAAUCGAUUGACUCAUCUCGUUACACAAACACAACGACUACAGAGUCUCCAGAACUUCCAUCAAGUGGUCAACUGUUGGCACGUCGUCUUUUGAGUGCCGCCCGUCACGACACCGACUCAUCAGAUGCACUUGGAUAUGCUUCGGACGGCGCCGUUGUCUGUGCUCCACUCACUACACCCCUCUCACCAAGACGCACUCGAGACUACGCCACAGAUAGCCGACCUCAUGUCCAGAAACGAAACAAAAAAGGAGUAGAUUUCGAGAGAAAAUUCCGAAUGGAAGUGCCGUCAUUCGUUGGCAAAGCAUGCCUUAAACUUAAAGGAUUAUGUGUGAAUGUAUGGGCGGCCACUCUGUCCACGUGUCAAGAAAGAGAGGAGUUUGAUGAGAAAGUGCCGCCGAGAGCAUUUCGUCGAAAUAUUCUGAAAAUGCUAAAAUUUGCCGUCGGCCCAUGGGUGGCCGAUAAAUACGGCACGACUAGUGUCGUUCGAUCACCCAGGAAUAUGCCACCUCAGCCAAGAAGAAUACGCGAAUCAUCAGCUCCUUCUCUCCGUCAGCAACGUCUCAGCAAAGAGGCGAUCUACUACGGAACACAAGAGAGUUGUGACGAAAAGAGUUGGACACCGAGCAUGGCAUGUACCUCAACAUCACCAGGCAUUCAUGCGACUGCCUCAGUUCGACCAGCGACUUCUGGAACUCCGAAUGGAGCAUCACGAAAAGCGACUAGUGGAUAUUCAGCAUAUGGAUAUGCAAAUUCGACACAAACACAGCAACCGACGAGUACAACGAAUACGAAUUAUUCACCAUAUUUGAACGGAACGAUAUCCCGAUCAUCUGGUGUAGCAGUGGCAAAAGCAGCUCGAGGAGGUCUUCCACCAACAAAUCAAUCAUAUAAUACUUCAAGUCCUCGAAAUUCAGUAGCCAGUUAUUCUUCGUUUGCAUCUGCUGGAAUUGGUGGAAGUCCUCCAAGAUCAAGGAGAUCACCGCAGAGUAAUAAAUCAAGCAGUCCAGUAGGAGAAGAUCAAAUUGUUACGAUAAAAAUGAGGCCAGAUAGACAUGGAAGAUUUGGAUUUAAUGUGAAAGGAGGAGCCGAUCAAAACUAUCCAGUAAUUGUAUCAAGAGUGGCACCGAAUAGUUCAGCAGAUAAAUGUCAGCCGAGAUUAAAUGAAGGAGAUCAAGUAUUGUUUAUUGAUGGAAGAGAUGUUUCUACAAUGUCUCAUGAUCAUGUUGUUCAAUUUAUUCGAUCAGCAAGAUCAGGAACCAAUGGAGGAGAGCUUCAUCUCACGAUUCGACCGAACGUUUACCGGUUAGGAGAAGAAAUCGACGAACCAGACAGUCAAAUGGUUCCGGAGCCAGCAAGAGUAGCGGAUUCAGUUCCAAGAUCUGAUAAACUUUCGCAGUCUCUUCAACUUCUUACUGAUGCAUUGACGACUGGAAAAGUAGUAGAUCAAUUCGAGAUGUUGUAUCGGAAGAAGCCCGGAUUGAGUAUGAAUAUUUGUAGGCUGAACACAAAUGUGGCCAAAAAUAGAUAUCGAGAUGUAUGUCCUUAUGAUGAUACUCGAGUAGUUCUUCAAACAUCUGGAAGUGGGGAUUAUAUCAAUGCGAAUUUUGUAAAUAUGGAAAUUCCAGCAUCUGGAAUAAUCAAUCGAUACAUUGCUUGUCAAGGACCUCUUGCUCAUACAUCUGGUGAUUUCUGGUUAAUGGUUUGGGAGCAAUUGUGUACGACAAUUGUGAUGUUGACUACAAUUACUGAAAGGGGGCGUGUCAAAUGUCAUCAAUAUUGGCCGAGGCUAUACGAAACACAAGAAUACGGUCGACUGAUGAUCCGAUGUAUUAAGGAUAAACAGACGACGAAUUGCUGUUAUCGAGAGUUUAGUGUUCGAGAUAGAACUACAAACGAAGAGAGAAGAGUGACUCAAAUGCAAUACAUCGCAUGGCCAGAUCAUGGAGUUCCAGACGAUACGAAGCAUUUCAUUCAAUUUGUUGACGAAGUCCGAAAAGCGAGACAAGGAUCUGUAGAUCCUAUUGUCGUUCAUUGUUCAGCGGGAAUCGGACGAACUGGAGUAUUGAUUCUGAUGGAAACAGCAGCAUGUCUUGUUGAAUCAAAUGAACCAGUUUAUCCAUUAGAUAUUGUAAGGACGAUGAGAGAUCAAAGGGCAAUGCUCAUUCAGACACCUGGCCAAUACACAUUUGUCUGUGAUUCAAUUCUUCGUGCUUACAAUGAGGGAACAAUCAAACCGUUAGCAGAAUAUCAGAAACGAUAA